AUGACUGAGGUCCUGCGAAGUAUUGGACAACAUGAACCGCGUCAAACCAACCAUGUGAACUCGCCAUUACGGCAAAGCGGACUCACUUCUACGGCUACACGUAAGAUCUCCUACGAUCAGACUCUUAUCCCUUCUUGGGAUAGGGUGCUUGACAUUGCGCGUAGUUACUUGGUCUAUUGCGACUGCCAACCUCUACCAUUAUUCCACCGCCAAACAUUUCUCAGGACGCUUGACGAACGGGAUCCUGAAAUUAUUUAUUCUAUCUUAGCUUUGGCCCUAAGAUACUUUUCGAAUCCUCCAUUAAACGACUUCGAUGAUAUCCCAACCGCAGCUGCUUCGUAUACGGAAGCCGCCAGAGGGCUUGUCACUAGACGGGUGCUGGGAGGUCCAGUGGAGAUCUCGACGCUUCAGAGCCUUUGCUUGCUGAGCAUUAUCGAGUUUACCAAUGGAAAUAUUCAUCAAGCAACAAUACACAGUGGUCUCGCUUUAGACCUUGCUAGAUGUGCCAACCUGGCGCUAGACCCUGUAUCAAUACAAGAUGAUGUCGCCAAAGAAGAACGCCGACGUUGCUUUUGGAGCAUUUGUCUGUUACGUCGACUUCACGGUGAAGAGGUUCACAUUCUCGAUUUCACCAGUCAAGACUGCCUUCCUAGGUAUCCCAAGAGCACAGGGGAAGCGCCUAACAUCGACGGCCUUGACCCGUCUGGUAUUGAAGCUCGAAUAGUACGCAGAAUGAAGGAUGAAGGAAUUGUCUCGUAUGUACUUUUACUUAGUGAGACAUUUUCUAGGACAGCUGCAUACGUCAAGCGUCGUGGGAAGCCAAAUAACUUCCCGCCUUGGUCUCCGGAAUCAGAGUACUCGAAAAUAAUAGCUCUUCAAAUGGACGGAGAGACCCGUAUGCCUUACACACAUCGCUUUAAGUAUGCUAAUCUUGAUGAACGGACCCUCGAGGAUCUCCAAUCGAACCGGGAUUACUGGGGACCAUGGUUUCUUAAUCAAUUCAUGUACCACACGAUUCUCUGUCUCCUUAAUCAUCCUCUUUUGCUAUCACUGGUUCUGCGGAAUCAUAAAAGUGUGAUUCCAGAAAUUUUCCUUCAACACUCAUCUGACAUGCUAGCCUCUCACACUACCUGGAUCCUCCACUUUGUGCGGUAUUUCGCGGAGAAGGGGUUUAAAGUGUCCGAUCCGUUUUUGGGGUAUUGUGUGGCCGUUGUUGCAACUAUUGAACUUCAGCUCAGUUUCACAGAAGACGCUGCUAUUCGGAAAAACAAGCAGGAGCGUUUCAAAACCUGUACAAAUUUUGUGCGUGACUUGGGGAAGGAGUGGCCUCAUAUGGCGAAGAUGGCAGAAAAGCUAGAAGCUCUUAACGGGGCAGUAGAAGCAUCAUACGUUCCCUAUGCCCAGGCGCAAAAUAAGACCCUUCUGAUUGAUUUAUCUCGAUUUUGGGAAAUACUUGAUUAUUCUUCAAGCGUCUCAGAUACAACAAACAGCCUUUUCGGACCCUCGCUUUACCUGGGGAGUACUACAAGAGUUCCUGAAGUAUCCAACACAUCCCCUCUUCCUCAACCCACGAGGAUUGGUUCAUCUCAUAGUACACCACGUCAAACACCUCGCAAUUCCAACUUCAUGGCCCAGAAUGUCAGCCAGAACAUGGAUACAGGGUUAUUAACAACCCCAGUGGAUCCUUACGACGAUCAAUUUUCUAUGCUUGCAGAAAACUUCUUUACGCAAGGGCAAGACUUUAUUCGUAACCCAGAAGACUGGUUUUCUACUGGAAAUUUAUAA